AUGUACAAAGGUGGGUUUUUCUGUACAAUAACAGUUGCAGUUAUCACACAAUGCCUAGCAUUCACGAGUUCAUUGAAUGGCAUUAAUUGGUUACCAUAUUCAGUAGCGUUGUCUGCCGCAAAAUCACAAAAUAAACCAAUAUUUGUAUUGGUAUAUAACGAUUACUGCACGCAGUAUGAAAAAUUGAAAAACGAAAUUGAAAAAUCCCCAUAUCUCCAGGAAUUCCAGGAAUUAAGUAAUAAGUUUGUCAUGACCAAUGUUGCUGAUAAAGAAAUCAGAGAGCCUGAUGAUAAAGAAUUUACACCAGACGGUCAUUACAAGCCACGAAUUGUCUUCCUAAAUAAAAACGGUAGAAGAAUUAGCACUGUUACAAACAGCCGCUUCAAGAAAUAUUUACAUUUCUAUGACCGACUUGAUGAUAUCGUCAGAGAUAUGAAAAAAAUAUUAUUAUAUCAUAACUAUUAA